GUAAUUGGAGAGGAGCAAAGGAUCUCUCUGGUAUCACUUUUGGUGCGUAACAGAGACUCGCAGUAUCAAUGAGGCACCGACGAUAGAACCCAUCCAUCUGGCCAGUCGAUUUCUGGUCUUCGCGCGCUCAACUCCGACCGCUCGGGAUAUUCCAAAGAACACAUAAAAACAAAACAAAAAAAGUAUAAUCCAUCGCAGAAUCCACGUGUUUCCUCUUCGUCCACCGUUGUUGUUAUUGUUUUAGUUGCUGUGUACUGCGAGAAGUGCGUGUGUGAGAAAAAAAAACAAGAUGUGUUCCAAUUAGAAGUGUCCAAACAAUUCAAGCAAGUUACCACCUCUUCAGUGUUCCCAAAAAAUAUGUGAAAUUUGUUCAUAACUUCGACCUUAACACAGAGCAGGAUGAAAGGCGCGCAUCUCUUCCUUAGGUUUGCAGUGAUCGUUCUGUUGGUCCGCAAUUCGAUAUCCGUAAUAUCGUCGCACAAGUUUCGAAAGUCCCGCUUCAAUGGAUACCCAUUGCACGUUCAUCAGAUGUUUAAAGAGAGACUAGUUGGGAACACGACACGAGUUCCUGGAGUUUGGUCCUCUUGGGGCAACUGGACCCAAUGUUCUCGCUCCUGCGGAGGAGGAAUCACCCAGCAGAUGAGACACUGCAUCUCCAGACCCAUGGAGAUGAAAGACACGGAUAAAACAGUAUACAACAGUCACAAAAGGAAGAGACGACAAUACAGGGUUGUCCAUCAUUGCGUUGGGCUUUACAAAAGAUAUAGGUUAUGCAAUAGAGAGGAUUGUCCUUCUGCGCGUGAUUUCAGAACGGAACAAUGCUCUGCCUUUAAUAACAGGUUGUUCAAAGGGAAGAAUUAUGCCUGGGAACCCUAUCUGAAAGGAAUCGAUGAGUGCGCCCUGAACUGUUUGGCGGUCGGAGGUGGUUUCUACGCGACCCUGAACAGGACCGUCGAGGAUGGAACAUCCUGUUUCAAACCUACCACGUACAGCGGAAAAACCGCCCCCAUCGGAACGAGGGGUGUCUGCGUGGAUGGAUCUUGCAAGAGUGUGGGCGCGAAUGGAGUGAUCGGGGCCGUCGAGGAUGGUCCAGAAGAGUGCACGUCCUGCGUGAAGGACAACUGCCGCAGUAUCUCCGGUCUCUACACCAGACCCGAUCUUCCCGCAGGGUAUUCUUUGGUGGCGCAGGUCCCCAAAGGAGCCUGCAGGAUACUUAUACAGCAACUCAAACACACCAAAAACAUACUGGCAUUGAAGAAUUCGAAUGGAUCAUACUUUUUGAACGGAGAUUGGCAGUUCAGUAAUAGCAGAAUAGUGGAAGGUGCUGGCGCUCAAUUAACGUAUAGAAAGCAGGAUGGUGCAUCGUUGGAAACAAUCAGCUCAGGAGGGCCUCUUCAGAAUGCCAUCGAUAUCAUGGUGUUCUAUCAACAACCGAAUCCUGGCAUUAAGUAUGGAUAUUCUUUACCGGUGGAAAAUCAACUUGGAUCGGAAAGGAGUACCUCACACAGACCGGCGACUAGUGAUAUUGGGGUAGUUGAGACUCGUCGUUUAGAUAGUCCCAAUUCUCUUAGUCAAAGGGAUGAAGCGAAGCCGGUGCAUCCUCAUAGGAGGCAGCGUCUUCGGAGGAAGUUCACCUGGAAGAUCACCGGAGUAUCGGCUUGUUCCAAAACAUGUGGAGGAGGUUUCCAGCAGACUGUGUUGACGUGCGUUAGAGAGCACAACCAGACUCCUGUGAUGGAUAGGAGGUGUAUGCACGUGGAGAAACCUACACCUCAUCCGAUCCGAUGCAAUACUAAAGAUUGUCCACCGAGAUGGGGCGGUCAUUGGGGCCCUUGCACCGGAUCAUGUGGGGAAGGCCUCCAAGAGUACGUCGUGCAGUGCAUCUCCGAGCUGAAUACGGGUCGAACCUCCGUGCAGAACGACGCUUCCUGCCCUCAGCCUAAGCCCACCGCCUCCAGUCAAAGUUGCAAUCUUCAGCCUUGCGAUUCGACAAGCGAAAACGACCUCUACCCCGACGAUCGACACUCUAAGACCAAGAGUUACGGAACCUGGAUCACUGGCCAAUGGACACAGUGCUCCAUGUCCUGCGGCACUGGCACCAGAACUCGCAGCGUCUCCUGUCCAUCAGGUAAUUGUCAUCCUGGAGAUAGACCCGCCAAGGCCGAAUAUUGCGAGAAUGGUUUAUGUUCAUCUUCCGGUGAGACGUCUUCUUGGCUUCUAUCCGAGUGGUCGCAGUGUUCGGAGCAUUGCGGCACUGGGGUGCAGUCGCGUUUCGCCAUUUGCUCGAAGAGCGUCUGCGAGGAGUCUAAGCCGGAGGUGACGCGCGGCUGCUCCAGCGAGAAGGAAUGUGGAGGACAAUGGUUCACAGGACCUUGGGAAAGCUGCUCCAAUUCUUGUAGCGGCGAAGCAAAGCAAAAACGCGACGUGUUCUGCGUGGUGAAACUCCGUGGUCAUGCUCGCAUCACCGUGGAUAUGACGUGUCCCGCAGGUCAGAAACCUGAAGCGGAGAGGUCGUGCUCCGGGAAGUGCGAACCCUUGUGGUUCUCAGGUGAAUGGGGAGGAUGCGAGCACUGCCCAAACGGCGUCCAAAGGAGGGAGGUGAAGUGCCUCACCGGAGACGGACAACAUUCUACCAGGUGUCAACCAGAGCACAUGCCUUUGAUCAAGAGGUCUUGCAGCUGCCCCAAAGCCGAGGAAUCCAAGUUGAAGCCUUCUCACGACGAACCGAUCGACCGUAAUUGCGUUGACAAGAUAUCCAACUGCCACCUUGCAGUGCAAGCGCGCCUCUGCCAGUACGGGUACUACACCACGCAUUGCUGCGUGUCCUGCAAACGAUCGAACCAGGAUCUGAUCGAAUAGAAGAAAGACCACCGAUCGACGCGUAGAUAGAUAGUUAGACUGUGAUUGAAUGAGUAGUCAAAUGAAAUGAAAGCGAACUGACUGUAACCCUUCCCCUUACCCCAAUAUUCUUCAUCGCCAAAAAAAAAA